CCACGGUCAAUGGCUAACUGUUUGAGUCUUGAAAGUCUUAACAUGGGGGACAAUCAACUCUUUGAUGUUUUCCCUUCAUGGUUAGGGACUCUUCCAAACUUAAGACUACUCAUUCUACGAUCGAAUAGACUUCAUGGGGUCAUAACCAAUCCAGUAUCAAGCUUGGAGUUCCAGAACCUACGUGUUAUUGAUCUCUCUCACAACUAUUUCACGGGCCAGUUGCCUUCCAAGUACCUCGAAAACUGGAACGCCAUGAAAGUGAUCGAGUCAAGCACGUCGUAUAUGAAAACGGAAUCGAGUUUUGAAGCCGUGCGACGUACGUGGAUGCUGGAGUACACGUACUCCACCACCAUAACAAUCAAAGGUAGUGAUGUUCCGUACGGGAAGAUCCAAGAAGUCCUCGUGGUGAUAGACUUGUCGAGCAAUAGAUUCGAAGGAGAGAUUCCGGAGGCCAUUGGGAGCUUACAAGGGCUUCGAGUACUCAACCUUUCGAACAACGUUCUCAGUGGUGAAAUUCCUUCGUCUUUGGGGAACAUAGCGAGGGUCGAAUCUCUCGACUUAUCACAAAACAAACUGUCCGGAAGAAUCCCUCAGACCCUUGUCCAACUCACUUUCCUAGCUUUCUUUAACGUCUCUCGUAACAAUCUCACGGGACGGAUACCACGAGGGAACCAACUCAACACGUUUGAGAACAGUUCGUACGUGGGAAACUUGGGCUUGUGUGGGGAUCCAUUGACGGUGAAGUGUGAAACUACUUCAAAGGCUUCAAGUGAACCCGGUUAUGUAGAAGAUGCGGAGUCCUCAUUUAUUGACUUUAAAUGGAGCACGGUUGUUGUUGGGUUUGUUGUAGGAGUAGUUGUUGGAACCAUUAUUGAGAACACUGUAAAAUCGAAGAGGAGAGAAUACUUAUGGUUAGGGAAGAAGUCUUAUUAUAGGCAGAGGAGACUGGUCAGAAAAGUGGACGAUGAGGAGACUUUAGAACUUAAAUAUUGACUGUACUUUUCUACGAGUAAUUUGGGCAUAAAUACGGUUUAUCUUUCUAUACUUAGACCACAUUCGAGGAGGUAAAAUGUAUAAUUUUCUAUAAUAUAAAGAAAAAAUUAUUAAA